AUGGGGAAUGGACUGUCAGACCAGACUUCUAUCUUAUCCAGCCUGCCUUCAUUUCAGUCCUCUCACAUUGUUAUUUGGGGUUUGGACUGUGGUAGAAUGACAACUCUAUUAUAUAGGCUGCAGUUCAAUGAAUUUGUAAAUGCUGUACCUACCAAAGGAUUUAACACUGAAAAAAUUAAGGCAACCUUGGGAAAUUCUAAAACAGUCACUUUUCACUUCUGGGAUGUAGGUGGCCAGAAGAAAUUAAGGCCACUGUGGAAGUCAUAUACCAGAUGCACAGAUGGCAUUGUGUUUGUUGUGGACUCUGUUGAUGUUGAAAAAAUGGAAGAAGCCAAAACUGAACUUCAUAAGGUAACCAGGAUAUCAGAAAAUCAGGAAGUCCCUGUACUUAUCAUUGCUAACCAACAGGACCUGAGGAAUUCACUGUCUCUGUCUCAACAAAUUGAGAAAUUGUUAGCAAUGGGUGAACUGAGCUCAUCAACUCCCUGGCAUUUACAGCCCACCUGCUAAAUCAUAGAAGAUGGACUAAAGGAAGGACUUGAGAAACUACAUGAUACGAUGAUUAAAAGAAGAAAAAUGUUGCGGCAACAGAAAAAGAAAAGAUGAAUGGUGAUCCUUUUUAUAUCUGUGUGGAGUAGGUUUUCUCUGGUCUGAUGUUGACAAAUGGAAGAGUGUCUACAGCCUGGUUUGUCUGCCUGCCCUCCUGGAUGCUGAUAAAGCUUUGUUUUGUUGGACAAUC